AUGGCAAAUUCUGAAAGGAUAAUCGGUAUUCCUGUGGAUGCAAGUGACCACAGUGAAAAAGCUUGUGACUGUAAGUAGUUUAAGAUGAAAGUGUGGUGUAACAUUUGAUGUUGUUUUGACGUUCGAUUUUGAACAAGAACUUUUCACUGAAUUAUGCAUCACGCCAUUGUCGCUGACCACAAAAUCGUUCUUCGUGUUUUACUGUCGAUGUAAUUUUCUUCGAAUCUGACUUCCUUGCAAACAAACAUCAUGAUAAAUUGUUUUUUGAUGGUUGAUCAUGGCUGGGAAGUGUAGGUUUUUUUCGCAGAUUCUUCGUUGUACUCACUUUCCUCUUCACACAUCCCAAAUAGCAAAGAACCCGUAAAAUGCAAAUUUGAAGCCUAAGAAUCCUUAUUGUCUAAUUAAGCUAAGAAAAAAGUGAAUUAGUUUCGGAGAGCAAGUGACUCAAGCGAUCAAUUAUCAUUAAGAGCAGAGCUAUUUUGAAUUUUACACGAAAGCGCUUAACCUUUUUAUGAAGAACUAGUCACCUGGAACUUGGAUACGUAAAGGCACAUAGAAGUCUUGAUCAAAUUAAUCGAAACCUAUAACUCCGAAAUACUGAGAUACAUUUAGUCUUCUUUGGAUACAAAUUUUCAAGUUCUUUAUACACAAAAAACUUACCUGAAUGUUGAAUUGGUGGAACACCUGAUUUGGCUCACGUAUUUGUGUGUGUCACUGCAUAUCAAUGUAUAUGUUAAUCAAGUGUUAGGAUAACAAGAAGUUGGCUGUCAAAGGAUCAUGUAUGAAAAGUUUUGUACUUAUUAUCAGUAAUCUGUUUUGGAUGCUUUUCUUGGUCAAGGCUUGAGAAGUUGUAGGAAUAUCUGUGAACUUUUACUUUGACAUCUCUGAUUGGAGUGGGCACGAUUUAUUUGAGAUAACUUUAAGUUUUAAGUUAGUUUAAAUUUUAAGAAAAGUAACAAUAAUUUAGUCAUGGGACUGGCUCUGUCCCUUAGAAUCACUCUGUUCAAUGCAAUUCAGUUUUUGUCUCGCAUGAAAACAUCAAGUGUUGACCAUGCAAUACAAUGGGGGUUGUUACAGAAGGAUGUUGUUAUAAUUUCCAUGGUAUGUAGCAUUUAUUUAAGAAAAGGCUCCAAAAUCAAAACAAAUCAGGAUUAGAUCAAAGGAGUUCCCAAGUUUAAAGUGGAGCCAAAACUACAAGGGAACAAUUUUGCUAAUUUAAAAGUUUGUCUCCUUCUACCUUGUCCUUAAUUUUUUCCCCCAUCAAAUGUUAAAAGUUUAACCCCACCACAUUUGAACAUUAUCUUAUUACCCAGUACCAUAAAUAGUUUUAAUGCCUUAUGUCUCUAAAGGAGAAUUUUUUUUUUACUUUGAUCAGACAUACUUUAUUAUUCACUUAAUAACUGAGAGUGAUGUCUUACUGGAAUAUCACUGAGGCCUUAUUGCAGGGUCAAUAUGGUUAUGCCAAAGUUUGGGGUUUUCCCCUAAUGUCCUAAUGGGCUAGGUUGUUGAGUUGUUUAUCACAUGGCUUACCAACUAACAAAAUUAAAAAAUUUAUUCAAGCAGAAGUUGUCAAUUUACAUCUGGUGAUAUGCACCUUUACCAAUUCCUUCAUCACCUCAAACCCACAGUAAACUAUGCAGUCAGUGAACUACACCACUGUAUCACUUAUUUCGCCAAGAAACAUAUAAAUUUCAUUUUCAGGAAAAAUGAUUCUGAGAGCCUUAAAAAAGUAUUUCUAUAGUGGCCUCACAACUUAAUGAGAGAAAUUUUGUCAGAUUUUCAAGGCAAAAUGUCUGGGAGAUUUAUGGUUAAACUGAACUUUACAAGCUUUUCCAACAUCUAAAACUACAUGUAGUAAUCAGAAAUAUUGCUGUCAACAAAACCACUUGAUUGUUUACAUCAGUUGUUCUUGGAAGCUGAUUUAAACAUAGUUGUUUAAUAGCAAGUGAAACUAUUUGUUUUAAUUAGAUAUGAGUUUGAAUGUAUUCUUGUUUUUUUCCCUCGUCCCUUACAACACAAUCUCAUGAGUAAUUUAAAAUGAACCUUGGCAGAUCCUUUACAACUUCAGCCUUUUGUAUUAAAUUGAGUCUACUCCCUCUGGUUGUUAAUCAGCCUUCAUUGUUUUCAUGCACUUGAAUUUCUGAAAAAUGAAAAGAUCCACCGCUUUAAUUAUCUGACACUUUGUGCUCUUUCUUAAUUGCUUAAUCCAUAAUCAGCUUGUUGUCAUUACUGUUGUAUAAUGCUCUGCUCUGAUAUCACUCUUUGCCAAUCAGUGCAUGCAUUUUAUCAGCAACAAGCCUAAGCCAUGUAAUAAUAAUAAAUAAUUAAUUUUUCAUCAGGGUAUUUAAAAAACAUGAAGCAAGCCAAUGAUGUUAUUGUUAUCAUCCAUGUGAGUGAAAUGACUCAUUCUGGCUCCAUUGGUAAGUUAUGGUUAUCACUUUAGUUAGUUCCUGUCAUUGAUUAUUGAUUAUGGUACAUGCUCAAGAUAUCACAUGUUCUUGUUGAAACUUGAACUUAAUAAGUUUGAAAACCAUCCACGAAUGUAUAAUCAUCUGACCCAUAGGGCCCUGAGCACACAUAGAAAUACCAUACCACAUCCCACAGGAAACCAUGAAAGCAAAAGCUGAUGUGUGUAGGGUUGGACUGGUUAAAGUAAGCCAGUCAGCAAAAAGCUAACCCGCCAAGAGUGUGCAGCCCUAAAUGUCAGAUUUGAAAAGUUUUUACAUGUCUAUGCUUCAUUACGUUUAUUGUUAACAAGUCUGUUUCAUCAGAAACGAUUACAAAAGAAGACUGGGAACAACAUGUCAAAGAUCACACAGAGAAAGUGAAAGAAAUUGAAGAAAAAUACAACACAAAGUUGACUAAAGCAGAGGUAUGUUGGACACAAAAACAAUCUUUUAGCCUUUUUCUGGCCCUAAAUCAAUAGAGGCAAUAGACUUUUGUGUUACCUUGUAUGUCUUGUUUACCCAUGUUAGGUCUCUGGGAAUUCCUAGCUUUAUCUUUUGUAAAUAAUUAUAAGUGAGAAAUAUAACUAUAAAAGGGAUACUGAUUGAUACUGAUAAGAUAUUUCACCUUCACAUGUCACUUUCAAUAGGAUCCAAUGGCAACAACAUCAAUAUUUAUUUACAUAAUAACUUCAACUAGAUCGAAACACUCAAGAACAUGAUCACUAUUCUUACUUGAAGAAAGGAAAGGUACAAAUCUUUCUCUCUAUGAAAAUGUAAAGAACUCCCUAUUUGAACAAUUACUUCUCUUACUUUCCUUUGUUAAAUGAAAAACUUUUUUAGUUUUGACAGUACAUCAUCCAUUAUAAACAUACAAACAUGACGACCCACACUAAGGACGCCAUGUUGAUUUUGAGAGUAAUUGUCACCAGUCCUCCCUCCUUGUUCAGUUGCCUUCAAACUGCAUAUUUUAUUGAUCUCCAAGAGGUUCAAAUGAAGCUUUUGAAAACUUACUUAUUAUACCUUUGUUAUAUAAUGAUAAUUAGUCAUAAUACAUUCAGCAAAAACAGUUCAACAUUAAUAACUUGAUGUUCAGGGAGUGCUUCACAUCAGAUGUCACCACAUGCAAGUGUUGUGAUUUGACAACUUGAACGUGUGAGUAUAGGAAAAAACUAGUGAUCUUGUAGAAAGACAUCGUAAUUAUCAUUUAAUUAAUUGUAAAGUUUAAUACAUCUAUUGAGUAGGUAACCUUUCAAAUUAUUCUAAUAACAAUUCCCUAAGCAAUGAAGAGUUCAGUACUGAUUGAUAAGCAUCAUAGAGACUGUGAUGUAAAUGAUUGACUUCAGGGGAGGGAGGCUCGAUGACAAUAACUUUUGAAAUCAACAUGGCAUCCUUAGUAUGGGUCGUUAUGUUUGUAGUGGAUAAUGUACUGUCAAAACUUAAAGGUUAUUUGUUUAACAAAGGAAAGGUAAUAGAAGUAAUUGUUCGAAUAGGGAGUUCUUUACAUUUUCAUAGAGAGAGAUUUGUUCCUUUCUUAAAGUAAGAAUAUGGAUCAUGUUCACAAGCUUUGCAAUCUAGGUGAAGUUAUUACGUUAAUAAAUAUCUACACAGUUGGAUCUUAUUGAAAGUCACUUGUGAAGGUGAAAUAUCUUCCGUAUCAAUUAGAAUACCUCUUCUAUUGAUGUUUCUUACUUACAAUUAUUGUGUGAAAUGACUAUGAAGAAUUGUGCAAAUGGUCCAAAACUUGUGUGAAUACUUAUGCGAAAAGUCUUUUGUUCAAAAUGUCCUGUAUUCUCUCCAUGAAUUCUCCACAAAUCUGUGCUGCAGAAAACUGCACACUAAGCACUCUCUUAUCAACAGAACUGAAGACAUCCUACCCAUGAAAGUAAAAGACAAUGAACCUUUUGAGUAUAGAUCAUAGUUUAUGGAUUACUAGAAAACAGGCACAUUUGACAAUUUUAUGAUUUCCUCCACGUGGUUGGGGUAAUUUGACUUCCACUUUGAUGAACAACUAUGAAGUUACCAUGUCUAAUUGGUCUACUCUUUUUUUCUUACCAAAAUUUGCUUUACCCAUUAAGCUGUGCAAAAAAUCAUGUGAUCUUGUAAGAUAAAAUUAGCUUGAUGUUGUAGACAUGCACCCCUUACAUAGUCAAUCAUCACCUAGAAGAAGAGAUGUAUCCAUUAAUUUGUUUUAAUUUUACUGAAUCUUCGUUUUACUUAUUCUUUACCUUUUUAAGGUUGGAUUUGAGGUUAAGCUCUGUGGUGGUAAACCUGGUGAGGCUAUUUGCUCCAUAAUCAAGGAACGUGGCAUUGAUCUUGUCAUCAUGGGAAGCCGUGGAAUGGGUGCUAUAAGACGCACCUUUGUGGGAAGUGUCAGUGAUUAUGUCCUUCAUCAUGCACAUGUACCUGUCAUCAUUUGCCCCAAGCAUUGAUGUUCAUUACUUCCUUGAUUUACUCAUUGCAUGCUUUAAGCAUCAAUUUUGAAAUAAAAUUGAGUGAUUUGCAAGCUUCCAUACUGUAACAGUAGGUAGUCAUGAUGAGUUCAAUUUUUCAAUGAGAUAUAUAGCAUAUUUUAAAAUAUUCUCUGAUUUUGAUAAGAGUGUAAUAGCAGAGAUUUUCAAUUUCUUUAAUAAAGAUAACAGUUCCUCUCGGUG